AUGGAUCAGUUGGCAGAAAAGGCUCAGAAGGCCAAGGUCCUUUCGAUAAAGCUGCAAUAUACCAACAAGCAUAUGGAUGAUUUGAAAUCUGAGAAAACAAUUAUCAAAAUCUGUGUUUCUGAAAUUAAUCAGACCUUUCUAUUUCGGUGUUUUGACAAGGUUGAAAAGGCAUUGAUUUCGGACAAAGCGGUGAAUCUGAAACUCUUCAAUUUCCAGUUGAAGUAUGCCAAGCCUCAAUAUCAGACUUGGAGCUUAAAGAAGAUUAUUAGGUUGAAGGUUUGCUCAGCUGUGCCUACUGAAGAUUUUACAAACAUCAGGUUCAAGGGAUUUUGGGGAACAGAUAAAGUUUUGGAUGAAUUCACUUUGACAGAUUUUCCGUUUAUGAAUCCCUUUGAUUGGGUUUUUUUGUUCAAUAUCAUUUUAAAGGAUGAAAAGAAAUACGAGCCAAUUGUUGCACAUCUUAAAAGAAUGUUCAUCUGCUACAUUCAAGAAAUUGCGAAAAUAGAUGUAGAGAUUGCAAUAGUUCUGAAGAAAAUGCCACUUAUGAAGCUAGAAGAGGAAUCGUCAGAUCUUCCGAAGCAACGACUGGAAGUUAUCCAAAAGGAGCACUAUAGCUCAAGCAUGUAA